CCAAUAUAGUCACGUCAACAAAACACAAAACUCAAUACAACCACAUCAACAAAAAACAAAACCCCAUACAUAUUUGUUGGCGCACACAAAAUAACAUCAUUGCAAUUGCUCUAAAUAUCUUAUAUUUGUGAUACAGUAAGCUUAUAAAGUCUCACAAUCGCCCUCAUUUCUUCAUUCCAUUAUUGCUCUUAGAAUAAAAGCAGACUUACAGACGUCCACAUGGAUGCCUUCUCUUCUUCCUUUCUCUCUGCAUCACCACCUUCAAAGCUCCUCUUCUCCUCACCCCCAUCUCCUUAUAAUAAACUUCGUCAGCCUCUUCAGAUUUCCUCCGUUCACUUGGAAGAGAAGCCCGCCACACCCACAGCAAGACCACCAAGCACCACCACCUCUAACGGCAGAGCACCAAAACCAUCACCUUCACCUUCUUUGCCUGCAAAAUCAAAGUUAUCUCCUCCGAUAAAGAGACGGGUGGAGCCAAAAGUACCCGCAAUCAUACUCAAUGCCUUUGAUGAUAUCAUCAACAACUUCAUAGACCCUCCUCUCCGACCAUCCGUCGACCCAAGAUAUGUGCUGUCCGAUAACUUUGCUCCAGUCUCCGAGCUUCCUCCGACGGAGUGUGAGGUGAUAGAGGGAUCCCUCCCUCCAUGUCUAGACGGUGCAUAUAUUCGCAACGGCCCAAAUCCCCAGUACCUUCCACGCGGCCCUUACCACCUAUUUGACGGCGAUGGCAUGCUUCAUUCCAUUCGAAUCUCUCAAGGGAAAGCUACCCUUUGCAGCCGCUACGUUAACACGUAUAAGUACAAAAUCGAGUGUGAUGCUGGCGUUCCUCUAAUUCCCAAUGUAUUCUCCGGCUUCAAUGGUCUCACAGCCUCCGCCGCACGGGGAGCUGUCACCGCAGCUCGAGUUCUCACUGGUCAAUUCAACCCGGCGAAUGGAAUUGGUUUAGCAAACACGAGUUUGGCUUUCUUUGGGAACCGCUUGUACGCACUAGGGGAGUCUGAUCUUCCCUAUGCCGUUCGGUUAACGCCAGACGGAGACAUAGAGACGGUGGGUCGCCAUGAUUUCGAGGGGAAGCUCGUGAUGAGCAUGACGGCACAUCCCAAGUUAGAGCCUGAAACAGGGGAGGCCUUCGCGUUCCGGUAUGGUCCAGUGCCACCCUUUUUAACCUUCUUCUGGUUCGACAAGAAGGGGAACAAGCAGCCAGACGUGCCCAUAUUCUCCAUGACUCGUCCUUCUUUCCUCCAUGACUUCGCCAUCACCAAGAAGUACGCCAUCUUCGCCGACAUACAGAUCGUGAUGAACCCAGUUGAAAUGAUCAACGGUGGAGCCCCUGUUGGCUCCGACCCCUCCAAAGUCUGUAGAAUUGGAAUCAUCCCCAGAUACGCCAGGGACGAAUCAGAGAUAAGGUGGUUCGAUGUGCCGGGAUUCAACAUCAUACACGCCAUCAAUGCUUGGGAUGAAGAAGAGGAGGACGCCGUGGUGAUGAUCGCACCCAACAUACUUUCAGUCGAGCAUACUCUGGAGCGGAUGGAUCUGGUUCAUGCCUUGGUGGAGAAAGUGAGAAUCGACCUCAAAACAGGCAUUGUAACAAGGCAUCCAGUGUCGGCAAGGAAUCUGGACUUCGCAGUGAUAAAUCAGGCUUUCACGGGAAGAAAGAAUAAAUACGUGUAUGCAGGAGUAGGCGAUCCAAUGCCAAAGAUAUCAGGAGUGGUGAAGCUCGACGUCUCGAAAGGAGAGCGGCAGGAGUGCACGGUGGCUACCCGGAUGUUCGGGCCGGGUUGCUACGGAGGAGAGCCCUUCUUCGUGGCCAGGGAACAGAAAAAUCCAGAGGCAGAAGAGGAUGAUGGGUACGUGAUGUCGUAUGUCCACAAUGAGAAAACAGGGGAGUCGAAGUUCCUGGUGAUGGAUGCAAAGACGCCGGACCUUGAAAUAGUGGCCGCCGUUAAACUGCCACAAAGGGUGCCUUACGGCUUCCAUGGACUCUUCAUCAGGGAAAGUGACCUAAAAAGGCUGUAGCCAUCAACCAUUUGAUUAUCUCGAUUUUACAUGUACCCAUAUACAGAAAUCGGUAUAAAAAGACUACAGUAUCUUUCUCUUGCUCU